UACGUUUUGUUUAGGUGGCUGAGACCGAAGACGAAGUAACAUUAAUGUGUGUACGGAAGCUGAUGUUCCGCUUUUCUGUUUAUAUAUACAGUAUGCUCAAGAAGAAAAGUGUUAAAGAGCUUAUGUGUCUCAAAAAAUAUUAAAUGUCAUAAAGUAAAAUCUGGAAUAAGCAUUUGGUCUCCAUGCAGUGGUAAUUUGCUUCAGUCAUCUUUUGCUACAGUAACAGCAUUAAGUUCUUUGGCAGUCAGUUUGGAGAAUUGCAGAAAAACUAAUUAUAGAGAAAUUGUUUCUGUCAAGAAACUGUCCACAAUAAUGUCUGUUACAAAUGUAAAAGCUUUGGCCACUGUGCCACUGCGUGGUGAUGGGGAUGGCAUGGAGAUGGAUGAGCCCACCAAAUCCCCAGAGACAAAUACAGAUCUUUUCAUCAGAAAUAGUCCUGUGCAAGCAAAAUUAAGAAGUAAAUCUCCCACUCCCCAGAAUCCUGGAGUCCUUCAUCUGGGCAAGAUACAGAAAGAAUCAUCGAUGGAGGUGGAAGCAGUCCGCAUAGUAGUUCCCAGGGCUGCCAUCUCACAUGUUGUUCCAGUAAAGGGCACUAAGAUAGUGGACACAGCAAGCAAUCAAAAGGUAGACAGUGCUGUCCACCCAGAAGGACCAGAUGCCCGUCGAGAAAAUGUUGAACUGAAAGCAACUAUUGAAAAAUUGCAGAAUUCAGAGCGGAGACUUCUACAGGACAAGGAGGGGCUUUGUAAUCAACUCAGAGUUCAGACAGAGGUUAAUCGUGAGCUGAAGAAGUUGCUGGUAGCAUCUGUUGGUGAUGACUUGCAGUAUCAUUUUGAGAGACUGUCCCGUGAAAAAAGCCAACUCAUUCUAGAAAAUGAAACACUUUGCAGAAAUUUUGCUCAGAUUUCUGAACAACUUGAGCGUAUGACAAUUCAGUGUGAUGUGUGGCGCAGCAAGUUCCUAGCAAGCAGAGUGAUGGCUGAAGAGUUAACGAGUGCCAGAGCAACACUUCAGCGCCAAACAAGGGAGGCUCAAGGAGCAAUUCAGGAUUUGCUUAAUGAACGACAGGAGUUUUCACAGCAUAUGCUUGAGACCCACAGAUUACUGGAAGAACUUUUAGUUUCGUUGCAGUGGGGCAGACAACAGACGUAUUACCCUAGUGCUUUGCCCUUCUCUACUGGUGAGAUUGCUGUGGCUAAUGAGAAGCUGGCCAAAGCGAUCAACUCUCACCUUCUGGGAAAUGUGGGCCCAAGCAACUCAAGUAAGGUGUCUCAAACACCUGAAAUAUGUAAUACGCCAGCUGAAAAAAUGGCAGGAAAGGUGCUCAGGAUCUUAGAUCCUACUUCAUGUAUUGAGGACAACACUGACAUUUCGUUAUCUGAAUCUUCAACUAGUCAGCUGCUUUCUAACAAAAAAAGUAUCGGUCGAUUUCAUCCAUAUACAAGAUAUGAAAACAUUACCUUUAACUGUUGCAAUCAUUGUAGUGGGGAGCUGAUAGUUCAGUGAACACUUCCUUUUUGUCUGUAAAUUUUACAGCUUCUUGUUUGGAUAGGAGAAAAAAAAGGCCUUUUUUAUUUUAACUUUUGUUACACUAGGAGAAUUUAAUUGCAGAAAUGUUACAUUGACUUAAAGUAUUUAAUAGAAAGGUAGAAGUCUGUUGCAGUAUUAUAUGGAAAGGCAUAUUUAAAUAAGUAUUUUCUUGUUUAUAAAAUUGAAAUUAUAGGUGAUAUUCACAACUUGCUAGGCUGUUGGCACCAAAACGUACAUUGUCCUGGCAGAAGUUUAAAAUACCUGAUCGUGUUACGGGUAUUUGUGUAGCAUAAUCUCGUAUCAUAUGCAUUGUCUGAGUUGAUUAUACCUCCUCCACUUGUUUUACAUUCAUGUUAACCUACCUCCUGGUUUUGAAAAGGUAUUGUUGCAAUAGCACGGGCAGAAACUCCAGAUUUAAUUUUAUGGGUUUUCUUUGAUUUUGAAUCAUAGCAUAGCUAACCCUUUUGCUGUUCUAAUGUGACUGUGUGUUUCAGUGACAAAAUGUAUCUCGAUAAACUGUAGUUGUACAUACUACAAAUUCUUCAAGUACAAAUAUUUAAAUGGUGUUCUUUUUAAUUGAUUCAAGUCACACCAGAGUUCACUGCAGAUCAGAAACUGGGUUGAAGUUGAAAAGGAGUGAGGAAACUUGAAACGAUCACAUAAUAAAAAUAAUGCAUCAAAUGAGAGGUUUUAUGGAAUUGGAGCUGCUAUCAGAUGUGCCGCUGCUUCACCCACAAUAUUAUGAGACCAAAGAACUCUGCAGGAAAAGUCUCGCCUGUAGAAUACAGCUGCUGGGCAGCAUGGUGUCUUAGAAAUCUUAUAAAGAAGCCCAAUCAAGGGUAUUCCAACCAUUUUAAAAAUUGGUAAUUACCACUGCAGUGAAAUAUUACCUUGGUGGUCUCAAUCAUCUAAUCUAUUUAAACAGUCUUAGAAGGCAUGGGAGGAUAUUUUAGGAGAACAACAAAAGAACUGAAAAGCAACUGAAUGAACCAGCAUGUGGAAUUGCUUUGUUGAUUGGAAUUGCUUAACCAAAAUAAUAAAGGUCCAGUUACUUUGUAGUACUAGAGCAAUACAUUCUAAAAUAUAAUAUACUAAGAAAAUGUAAAGAUGCAUAAACGUGUUCCUUCUGUAUUUGGUGCAGAAACACCUUAUCAAAGAUAUACUAUGUUAUUUUUAUCAAGACAUAUUGUAUGUUAUUUUUAUUUUAUGUUCUAUACUCCUGGUAUUUUACAUUAAAUAAAAAUGUACAAUGAAAAUACUUCAUCAGUGAUAAUCAUAUAUACAUUAAUUGGAAAUAACCAAGGAGCAGCAUUUAGGGACACGUAUUACAUAUACUUUAGUGAAACACUUUUGAAUUUCAAUCAGUGCAUUUUUAAAGACUUCACAAGUAAUAUUCUUAUGGUUCAUAAUUAUCAAAGAAUAAUGUCCAAGAACAACAUGCAUAGAUCAGAUAAAAUGUUUUUGAAAGAUAUUACAGUACCCAAUAAUUCUUGGGUGUUUCAUUUGUUGUACAGCACAGUAUUUUCUCAGCAUCAUGUUAAAAUCUACACUGUGAAUCAAACUGAAAAAGAGUUUGAGUCCUGGACGUGCGUUUCUUAGUUGCACCAGGAGUACAUUUUAAAGCUUGUGAAUAAUGCCUCUCCCACACACUGUUAACCAUUUCUGGAAAUGUUUAGUUACAUGCAUUCUCCUUGUAUAAAUUUUUUCUUUGCAAUUGGUUUACAAGGUUAAAAAGUAAAUCUAUUUUCAAAGGUUUUUGUCAUAAUGUAAUUUAUAUAUUUAUAAUUAAAAAUGGCAAUAAAUUGUACUGUUGUGAGUUGUU